AUGGUCCCAAGAUGUAGAUUUAUUGAGGCUUUCUUAGAUCGCCCGGUGACACCUCUGGAACACAGCUGCUUAUCUACCGUUGCUCUUCUGAAUAGGCAUCCCAUUUUUAUUUUGAGGGUUGUAAAGUUGAGUAGAAAUAUUCACAAGAAGUUGCUCCACCGGGUCCGAACUCACCUUGCUUCACGUUUGUUGAUCAAUAAACUUGCGCGCUUUACAAGCGCUACCCGAAUACCCGACCCCAGAUUUCUACAGUUGAGACAGUUCGCUUCGAUUUUGGGGUAUUUAGAAGAACCUUCGAAGUUACCCAACCGUGGCCAGGAAGCAUAUGAAGAUGAUUCCUUAUUUAUUUGUAAAAUUUACUAGUAAUUUUUUCUUCACACGUAGUUCGAUUCGUAAUUUUUGUCAUGCCCUGUUCACUGCGUGGCAAAUAAUAAUUAACUCAUUUUUUCUUGCAUAUCCACAUUUUCAUUUCAAGCAUGUAUCACGACUUGACCAGUUUCCGUUUAAUUUUUCAAUGUUAUUACUAUCGUUCGUUUUUAAUAAAAUCUGGCAACUGUA